AUUCUCUAGAAAUAUGGCACUCCAGGUCUCUUUCCAAUCUCUUUACCUGCCUCAAAAUGGGUCUAUGCCGGUCUACCGCUCUUGUCUUGGGUGCAGUUUCUGCUACUCUCAUAGACCAUGCAACGAGUAGCGCCAUUCCAGGCUCCGACCUGGUGAUCUUCAAUGGCCCUUUCACGGCAGAAGCUGGUGGUAUGACCAACAUCCACAUCUCUUUUGCUGGCCCUCUCGAUGGAGAACUUUCGGUCCACUAUGGUUCCUGCGAUAUUGGCACCGCAGACUAUGCCCAUCAUCUUGUGGGAAGGGCACAUGUGGGUGACCACCCUCUGGCUAAGCGAAAUCUGGGCUGGGAGGACAACAGGCCUACUCGGUUUGUGUGGAUGCCGCCCGCAGACACCUCGUCAGGGGGUUGCUUGCACGCGUUUUCCGGAAAGAAGCUUGUGGGAAGAUCCAAGGAAUACACUGUCACCCGGAGGAAAGCCCGCCGAGGCACUUCUUUUGCGGACAUUGCUGAUGCCAUGGGACCGUGGUUCGACGGAGUGGAGUAUCUUAAAGAGAAGGAACCUGACAAUGCGUUCGUGACGAAGUCGAAAGACACAACAGUUGGUAUCCUAGGUGGCGGUAUGUCAGGACUGAUGACAGCUUAUCUCCUUGAAUCCGUUGGUAUACAUGACUGGAAGAUCCUCGAAGCAACUCAGAGAAUUGGUGGUCGUGUACACACUUCCUAUCUCAAUGGCACAACCCCCGAGGAGUACCAGUACCAAGAGAUGGGCCCGAUGAGAUUUCCUGUCAGCAUAACCAAUGCUACAACGAACGAAACAAUUCAGAUCAUGGACCAUCGUAUGGUCUUCCAACUGGCCGACACGCUCAACAAGAUGAACGGCAACGAUUCUUCCUUGGCGGUCAACUUUAUUAAGUGGAUCCAAAGCAGCGCAAACCAACCGGUUGACACCACCGAGCGUCGUGCCGACGGUACGACCCCUGGCAAGGCAGAGGUUGCCGCCAAUUCUGCACUGGCAACCAACACCACCGAAACCUACUCUAAUGCUACGGCCGUCGAAGAGGCGCAGGCUCAAAUUAGUUCUUGGGAUGGCCUUACGUGGGAUAAGAUGAAGUCGAUUGCAACAAACGUCUUCGAAGCUCACAAGCAGGCUGUCGCGGAAGGGUACUUUGAUUUCUCGGAAGCUACCUAUCUGAAAUACGUCAUGCAUACCGACCUUAAUGUUACAGACGAAGCCGCUGGUUCUGAAGCUGCAAACCCGGAGUGGUUGUACGAUAAUAUCUACAUGGACGCCACAGAAUGGCGGACAAUCGACAAGGGCCUCAGCAGAUUGCCCCAGGCCUUUGGUCCAUUGGUCUCCGACCGAAUCACGUUCGGCGCCAAAAUAGAAUCGCUCUCCUGGGACGACAAGUCCAAGAAGAUGACAGUGUCAUGGCGACCAGACGGACCCCUCAGCAAAGAAACAACCGCCAUGGACUUCGACUACACCAUCGUCGCCGUGCCGUUCUCCAAAGUCCGCCUCUGGAAGCUCCCAGAGUACACGUCGCUGCUCGGCCGUGCGAUCAGCGAGCUCAACUACGGCCCCGCAUGCAAGGUAGCCCUGCACUACAAGACGCGGUUCUGGGAGCACCUGGCGCACCCCAUCCUCGGCGGCUGCGGGCAGACGUCCAUCCCCGGCAUCGGCAACAUCUGCUACCCAUCGUACGGGCUCAACAGCAGCGGCCCAGGCGUGCUGCUCGCAUCGUACCAGUCGGGCAGCCUCGCGCGGGCGGUGGGCGGCAUGGCGGAGGAAGAGCACGUGGCGUACGUGCAGCGCGCCAUGGCCGAGGUGCACGGCGCGGUUGCGGACGAGCAGUGGACUGGCAACUACGACCGCAUUUGCUGGGAGCAGAACGAGUUCCAGGCCGGUGCGUGGGCGAGCCCGCUCGUUGGCCAGCAGGAACUGUUCCUGCCGUCAUAUUUCCAUACUGAGAAGCAUACCGUGUUUGUCGGUGAGCAUACGAGCUAUACUCAUGCGUGGAUUUUUAGCGCGCUUGAAAGUGCGGUUCGUGGGACUACGCAGUUGUUGCUGGAUAUGGGGUUGGUGGAUGAGGCGAAGCAGGUUACGGAAACGUGGAUGGCGAGGUGGAUUCAUGUGUAGAGUAGUGUUCUCGUUUAAAGAGCUUUCAACAAGUGUAGUGCUAGAUGUCUACAAUGAAAACAGUACAUGUGUUU